AUGGAUUUGGAUAGAAAGCACAUAUUGCUAAACGAAUUUCGCAAAAUUAAUAUUGACCUUGAUUAGCCUAUAUCUGAGAAUGUGAUCUUUCAAUUCCUUGAUGAGAAAUCACAUGGCACUUUUGAUAACUCAAUUGCUUUAUAAUUACAUUAAUAAGUAAUACAACAUUACUAAAAAUUAACAAUCCAUAAUUUUAUUAAUGUGUAUUUAUAAGCAGAAACCAUUCUUAACAACAAGAUUGAUAAAGCAAGAAUAGAAAUUCAAAACUUAACAGUGACAAAGUAAUAAUCAUAGUAGGCGCUGUUAAAUAUUAAAAAAUAGGAGUAAUUAAAUAAGUAUGGAAUAAUGGAGGACAGUAUUCUUAUGAUUAAUCAUGUGCAUGCAGUCGUUAAUAAAUUAAGUUUAUCAAUGAAAGUUUUUAUUUUAAUGUCUAGUUCGACAACAAGCUUUUAAACACCAUCACAAAAUGAAUUAGACUGGAAUGAUGCAUAUGAAUUUCCUAUUGAAAAUGGAUCCGAAGUUAUCAACGUCUAUGUUAAAGCCUAUUAAGGAAGCUCAACGAUAGACAUUGGAUAAGCUACAUAUGCAGUUCAAUAAUUCAAUAGCUAAGCUUAAACAAAUGUCGAGGCUAAACUGCAGUGCAUAAAACCAUAUUCCGGAGUUGUUAUAUUAUCAGGGUUAUGGGUUUUUUCAAAAACAAAAUAUUUUAGUGAUCUCAUACAGGAAUUAGAUACAUAAAUUUCAUAAUUAAAGAAUGAUCUUACAGACUUUGAAAAUGAUUUGCAAACCCUUCAAGCCAUUUUUCCAAACACCUUAAUUUCAAAUUCAGAUGCAAAUCAAAAUGUUUAUUAAUCUAGUCCAGAGAAAUAAAUUGACAAUAUUGGGAAUAUUGAAUAAAAAACAUUGAAUAAAUAUCUCGUGGCUAUUAUGGCUCUGCUAAUUACACUAUCAUCUCUUGAUAGAUGUUGUUAUUUAGAUAUUUUAAUAAUACUAGUUUAUUCAAUAAAUUUUAAGAAUUAAACCUUAGAUGCAACAUUGCUAAAAUAAAUUUCAGUAGCAACAUUUGUUUCCUUUGCUUUAGACAUUGUAUGGGUAGUGAUAUAUGUUGUGCAAAUUACAGCCUCUUUGGUCUGACAUAGACACACCUGAUAUGGGGAUAUAAAAAAUAAUAGUCGUAACUGGAGUUCUGUUAUUUAUUACAAAGCUACCCUUUUCAUUUCUAUGCGCUUAUUUAUCAAAACAAGCCCAGGGAAUCAUUCCUGAAUUUUAGGUCAAAGCAGAUGAAAAUGACCUUUCAGGUUUACAACCAUUGGAAUAUUAAAAUAUCAGUAGAAAUGAGAGCUUAUCUUCCUAUUAACAAUACAAAUGAAUAAUUAUGAUUAAA